GAAGCAAUCCGUCAAAUUGACGAUCUAGCGCUGCGCGCCCGCUUUUGCUCUAGUUCUUCUACGUACCACUAUUCAUACAACAAAUCCGCUUGAUGGGGCCGGUUUCCUGUCAAAAGUUCAUUGUGACCUUUAUCCAAGAAGGGGCUACUCUCAUGGGCAAAGGGCAUAGCAAAACGGCCGUAAUCGAAUUCACCGUCACCGCCACGUACCUUGAGGGACUCCAGUCAUCUUAUCUCCGCUUCGAGGCUACAACCCCCCUGUCUUUUUUAUGGCUCCGCUAGACGAGCCCCAGGAGGUAAUAUUGCCCAUGGUCACAUUUUCAAUUAAGGCCCGUUCUUCGUACCAAGUCCUUUGACAAAACGUCUUCGCGAUAAGAGUUAUGGUUUGAACAUGUGGGGUUUGGGAUCAGUUGGCUUCGGAGCUUGUGACUUGGUGAUUGUACUGUUGUGCGCUAAUCAUAACUCUCGCUUCAUCCGC